AUGCUUGAGGAUAAUGUGUUCAUUGGUGAUAGACUUUUAACUUCCAAUGGUAAUGCACCAAAACAAGCUUGCAAACAUAUAAAAAGAAGUAUUGAGUACUUGUUGAAUGACGAUGAUGAAGAAGUAGAUGAGGGAAGCGAUGGCAGAAGAGUUGGACCAGGAGGAAGAGAAGAAGGUGGUGAAAGAGGUGGGCGAGGAGGAGGAAGUGGCCGUGGAAGAGGAGAUGGCUGUGGAAGAGAAGGUGGUCGUGGAAGAGGAGGUGGCCGUGGAAGAGGAGGAGGUGGUCGUGAAGGAAGAAGAGCUGAAGGUGACCGUGGGGGAAGAGAAGGUGGCCGUGGAGGAGGUGGCCAUGAAAGAGAAAAUGGACGUGGAAGAGAGGGUGAAGGAGAAGGUGGUCGUGAACAAGAAGGUGGCGUUGAAGUUGAAUAUGACCAUGGAGCAGGAGGCGGCCGUAGAGGAGGAGGAGGAGGUGGCUAUGGAGGAGAAGGUGGACGUGGAAGAGGAGGAGGAGGUGGCUAUGGAGGAGAAGGUGGCCGUGGAAGAGGAGGUAGAGGUGGAGGAGAAGGUGGCCGUGGAGGAAGAGGUGGAGGUGAUCAGUGGCAAGACGAUAUGGAAAAGGAUAAGAUGCAAUGUAAAAGAGGGAGCAAUGGAGGGCAGAAGCGGAAGAUGAGGAAUGAGGCCUACAAAGUCGUGCAUCGUUAUUUGAAGAAAUUUAAAAAUAACAAUGAGAAUGAUGAUGAUAAUAAUGAUGAUAAACGUUUUCUUUUCCGUGCAGGCCCAAGUUUUCAUUUUUACAAUUAUUAA